AUGUUGUUCGACGAACGGAUACACUUUCUUCACGAAAUUGAGACAAGACGAUGCCACAAGUCCGAGAGCAUUACGGGGUUUAUCAGUCAUCACUACUCGAGAAGUCGCAUUAGACUUAAAAUUGACUACAAGAUCCUCGAAAAAGGAAACGGCCUAUUCGCAAGCCACAACAUUAAACGCGGAGACGUGAUUGCUUUUGAAUACCCCAUUCUGGUUUGUAACGACGACGUUCUGGACGCAUUGUCAUGGCAAGAGCAAGAAGAGUUAUUGAGGAUCGCUGUAUCCAGACUUCCUCAUUCAAGUCAGAAACUGCUUUACCAUCUGACUAGUCGUUCCAAAGACCCAUUUCUCUACCUGACAGGUAUUCUGUUCAACAAUGCUGGAUUCUCUUCGCGUUUCCACAGUUACGACCACUCUCUUUUGUAUCCUGAAAUAUCACUUCUCAACCACGACUGUGCUCCAAAUUCGCGAAUUCGUAUCAACGACGACGAUUUCGCUGUAACAGUCGAGGCAGUGCGCGGCAUCACAUCCGGGGAGGAGAUUACUAUUUCGUACUUAUCGCUCUUGAACUUAACCGGGGUACAUUUUCAACCAUUCGCAAAACGGCAACGAAGCCUAAGGGGCUUAUUUGGAUUCCAAUGCCUUUGCUCCCGAUGCUCAGAAGGAGAGUCGUACGACUAUCUCCUUGAGCGAAUUGUAGACCUUCGGGAGGCUUCCUACACUAACACAGGCAUUUCAACCAUUGAAGAAGAGGCGACACUUAGGGCCUUGUACGAAAGAAUUGGUUUGCAAAUUACAGAGCUUUAA